CAGUGGUUGUACUUCUCCUGAGCGUCGAUGGAAGGAGCCCUACACGCUCACUGCACUACAGUCCUGUUACUGAGACUAAACUCAGACUUCUUGAGUUUGGAGGAGCUGCUUUAAGACUGAAAUGCCCUGCAGCUUGCUGCCCUAGCCAAGUCUUCCAUAACUCAAUCAGGCUUUUGGCUUCAUCCUUAGAUGUGGCAUUGUGUAAACUAAGAGAACAGGAUAUCCAGUCUCUUUGGGCUGAUGAGAGCAGGGCAGGGACAGACAGGGAGGAUGAAUUACUUCAAGCUGCUGGCUGACGUGACGUUAGCCUGGAAGGUCUCACACUCAGAAAGCCGUGGAGCACUCACUUCCUGCUAUUAGAGGUAGAGAUAGAGGAAGAUGGGGAGUGCCGGCCUGUCAGUGUGGAGUAGCAGUGAAGAUACCACAGCGGGCGUGUGGGUGGCAGGCAGAGUUUUGGAGGCUGGCAGACACACACACUCAUGCCCUGGUUGGUGCAGGUGGUUGACGCUUUAUUGAUGGCCUGCUGGAAUCUGCUACUGCUUUCGCUUCUGCUGAGCUUCAGCUCUCUGAAAUGCACUCGCGCAAAUGGGUUGGAAGCCAUGUUGUUGAGGAACUCUGGAAAAGUGGCGAUGGAUAACCGGAAGGAGGACAGUGGAAGCUCAGUCCCUGUGAUUCCUGUGAGGACGUUAUGGUGCCACUGCUAUCAUCAUUGUCCAGAGGACUCUGUCAACAAUACCUGCAGAACGGAUGGCUACUGCUUCACCAUGGUGGAGGAAGAAGAUGGUGGCCCACCAGUGCUCACCUCUGGCUGUUUGGGAUUGAUGGGAUCAGAAUUUCAGUGCAGGGACACAGGGAACUCUCGUUUGAGGAGGGCGCUAGAGUGCUGUACUGAUCAAGACUAUUGCAACCGAGACAUUCACCCCACCCUGCCUCCACUCAACACUCCCAAUUAUGUGGACAGCAACAUCCACCAGAUGGCUCUGUUAAUCUCUGUAACAGUGUGCAGCAUAAUCCUCGUCUUCAUCGUUGUGUUCUGUUACUGCAGGUACAAACGUCAGGAGCGUUACGCUAUUGGUUUGGAGCAGGAUGAGAGCUUCAUCCCUCCAGGAGAGUCUCUGAAGGACCUGAUCGAGCAGUCUCAGAGCUCAGGCAGUGGCUCGGGACUCCCUCUGCUGGUGCAGCGCACCAUAGCUAAGCAGAUCCAGAUGGUGAAGCAGAUCGGAAAGGGUCGAUACGGAGAGGUGUGGAUGGGCCGCUGGAGAGGCGAGAGGGUGGCCGUCAAGGUCUUUUUUACCACAGAGGAGGCCAGCUGGUUUAGAGAGACCGAGAUCUACCAAACUGUCCUCAUGAGGCACGAGAACAUACUAGGUUUCAUUGCGGCGGACAUUAAGGGCACAGGUUCGUGGACGCAGCUCUACCUGAUCACAGGCUACCAUGAAAGCGGCUCGCUUUACGACUACCUCAAAUCCACCACGCUGGAUACACGGGCACUGCUGCGCCUGGCAUACUCAGCUGUCUCCGGGCUGUGCCACCUGCACACUGAAAUCUUUGGCACACAGGGCAAACCAGCAAUCGCACAUCGCGAUCUCAAGAGCAAGAACAUCCUGGUGAAGAAGAACGGCACGUGCUGCAUUGCUGACCUGGGCCUGGCUGUCAAAUUCAUCAGUGACACGAAUGAAGUGGACAUCCCUCCGAACACACGAGUGGGCACCAAGCGCUACAUGCCCCCUGAAGUACUGGACGAGACCCUCAAUCGCAAUCACUUCCAGUCCUACAUCAUGGCAGAUAUGUACAGCUUUGGUCUGAUUCUGUGGGAGAUCGCCAGGAGAUGUGUGUCAGGAGGAAUUGUGGAGGAGUAUCAGUUGCCUUACCAUGACCUGGUGCCCACAGACCCAUCCUACGAGGAUAUGAGAGAGGUGGUGUGUAUAAAAAGACAGCGGCCAUCGUUCGCCAACCGCUGGACCAGUGAUGAGUGUCUGAGGCAGAUGGGCAAGCUGAUGAGCGAAUGCUGGGCGCACAACCCGGCCUCCCGCCUCACCGCCCUCAGGGUAAAGAAGACUCUGGCCAAGAUGUCUGAGUCGCAGGACAUUAAACUGUGAUAGAAGCUCACACAGCUCCCAGAGACUCGGAUACAGCGAAGGGACAGACGGCCGCCCCGCUCUGUUUUGAACCGAGAGAAAGGCCCCCCACGGCUCUAUUCUGCUUUCUGUGAAAGCUCCCAGCCAGCAGAGCGAGCGAAAGAGUGCGCCUUCUGCUGGAACACACGAGCCCCUUCUCACAGGCUAACACGCAGGACAGAAGGGGCGAGGGAGUGCUGGCCAUCACCUACAGCCUUGAUUUGAUGUCACACAUUUCUGUUGGAUUUUUAUUUAAUGCUGUUUUAUCUAGAGCUCGUUAAAGGUGUUCUCGUUAGUGAAAAGGGUGGAAAUGAAACGAAAUGCUCAGAAUUUUGUGUUAAUUUUAAAUACAGAAAAGAAUUUCUUUUAUCACCAUCCUUUCAACUGAAUGAUUAUUAAUGAGAGAAAUGGUGGAGCGAUGCAGACGGAGAGCUACUGUAGGCGUUUUAUUAUUUUCAGGGGUUUUGUGUUUGCUCUGUAUAUAAGUGUAACACAUUAUAUGAAUGUAAAUAGUGAUAUGGAAAUGUAUUGUUAAAUAUGGAUUGAAUGAGUAAAAUGUUGUUUUUCUUGCAUUGUUUUUGACCAGCUUUGUUUCGGCUUGUGCCUUAUUUAAAAAGUGUUAAUUAAGCUGAAGUUAUAAAAGCGUA